GCGUGUGUGUUAUUGGUUAAUAGUUACCUUAUUGCAUCGUCAAUUGUUAAACAACGUUUCAAAUUAUUUAUGACGGAAAAUGAAUUACAUGCGAACAUGGAACCGUACAAGAAUCCUGAUCUUCUACCAUUAGAGGAUUUAAAAUUAAAAAUACAAAUCGGAGGAACGACUGAAACUGUUAAUGCUUUGAGUAAAAGAUGGGCAAGUGACCGUUACUUUUUACAUUAUGAAGCUCCGAUUAUAUACGAUGAUGAUGGGUCUGAGAUUGUGGGAGCUAAAGAACAUUGGAUAAAUGUUGUCAAUUAUAUUAUUAAUGACUUGAAAUGGUUACUUAGUCUUCCUUUCUACAAAUUCUGGUCAAACAUUGUGUACAAUACAUCAGUCAUGAAUUCAUUGGUAUCUUUUUUACAAGAAGCUCCACCAUUUUAUGCUUUAGAAAAUUUCCCAAAUUAUCCUGAAAUGUUGAAACUGUUAGAAACACUACAUUGUUAUGUUCUUAUGAUUUUUGCAAGGCUCGUGACAAAUAAGCAAAGUCAUGAGGAAUAUAUGAGCUGUCCAUUUCUUGGAAAUUUAUUGUAUGAGAACUACAUAUUUACUGUACCGAUUAUCUUAGAUCUCUGUCAACUUUAUGGCAGAGAAAAUGAUAAAGUAAUUAGAAAAAUUUUAAAUUGUUUAUUUACAUUAGAACCACGGUACAAUAAUGAUCUUCAAAAAGCUGUUCCUUGUUUUAUUGAGGCUCUUGAAAAUGUUGAAAGGAAAUUUGGUAACUCUUCCAUCGAGUAUAACAAUGAAGCAGUUUCAUUGUCAAAAAGGAAUACACAUCCUCCAAAACUUACCUUGUUUAAUUUAGAAGAUUUGACAUUAUAUGUGCUAGAUAUAUCAUCAACGGUUACUGUAUUUCUAAAAAAUUACCCUCCUGCAGUGGGUAUAUUUCACAAAAAGGAUUUUAUGAAUAAAAUUGUUUCAAUGUAUGGGAGCACAAUACCUGAAAUGUAUAAAACAAUGGAUAAACUAGCAUAUAAUGAGGAGAAUAUGCCAAAAUAUGUGGAAUUGAAACUUCGUUUGGAUGUAACAAGGAUUGAACUAAUAAAUCUGUAUCGGGUUAUUAUAUAUGAACCUAUAUUGGACAUACAAGAAAAUGUAAAUACAAUUACGGAAACAGAGGUACAUAAACGAGUGGAUGACUAUUGUAUUCUUCUAAAUGAUGCCAUUAGUGAAAAAGAAUUCAUUACAGAUUACGAUCGAUUUUAUCCCGUUCAAGUAGAUUUAGAAACGUUAUCAACUAUUUAUCCUGAAUUUGAUGAAAUGUACAAAUAUACAUUAAACUCUGUCAAUGUAGUUAUUGGAAAAUCAGCUACUUCAUCUGUUACUUUUUCAAAUAGUGUAAACGAAGCAGUAGCUGGACCUAGCGGUGUUUCGAAACAAGCAAUAACAUCUGCUAAUACAAAUUCAUCAAAUGAGAAACGAGUGUCGAUGAAAAAAGAUUCUAUUCAAAUAGUAACUCUAGUUUCUGAAGUUAAGGAUAUCUUGUGUGAUCUAGAUGAACGUUUCAUCGAGAUGUGUUUAGACUAUUACAAUUAUGAUACUGCAUCUGUGAUAAAUGCCGUAUUAGAAGACUCAUUACCCUCCAAGUUAAAGGAAUGGAAAGAUUUAACACCUCCCAUGCCUAAUUCAAUUUACGAUGACACUACGGUUAACAAUGAUCUUGCUUCUGAAAUCAAAGAUCUUCGUGUGUAUGAUAACUAUGAUUAUGAUGAUGGUGAUAAUGUUCAUGUUAAAAUAUCUGAAGUUGUUGAAGUACCAAAGGAGUACAUUAUUAGAAAUUACAGCCUUGCCUUAGACGAAUACGACGAUGAGUAUGAUGAUACGUACGACAAUCGUGACAUACGUGGCAAUGCGCAAGAUGAUUCCAUUGAAAUAGACUCAAGACCUUUUACUACACCAAGAGUACUUCUUGGAAAAAAGAAGGUGGAAACUAUAGAAGAAUCAGAGUCAGAGGAUGAAGAGGUGACAAUGGAAAAUGGAAAAGAUGAUUUUAUACAAAAUCCAGAAGAAGUACGAGCUAAAGCCGAACAACGAAGGCAAGCAAUGCGAGGUGGAAAACACGCAUUCAAUGUAACUGGUAAACCAAAAGGUAAAGGGCAAGAUAAGGAUGUCUUGUACAAUAGACAACAGAAGAAUGCCCAUAAGUCAACAGGGGCUAAUCAUAAUCGUCGUUCUGGUGCCCAAUGGAAACGAAAUCAUGGAAUGAUUCCAUCUUAAACUUACUUAUACUUUUACAAUAUCAGUUGCUGUAAGCCGCCAAUAAAGGACGCAAAAUGUGAACAAUAUUUACAAAGCACGACAAGCAACACUAACAGAAAGACUGACACUA